AUGACGAAAAGCGUAACAGCUGUUGACAGACGAUGUUGGAUUUACAGACGUAACAGUAAGACGAUUUUAUUGGUUGUCAUAAUCGACAAAGAUAAAACACUAUCUAUCUAUCUAUCUAUCUAUCUAUCUAUCUAUCUAUCUAUCUGUAUUUUAAUAUCAAUCUCAUUCUGUUCAUAUCUAUCUAUCUAUUUAUCUAUCUAUCUAUCUAUGUGUAUUUUAAUAUCAAUCUAUCUCAUUCUGUUCAUAUCUAUCUAUCUAUCUAUCUAUCUAUCUAUCUAUCUAUAUCAGUUCUUGUUGGUCGGCUGCCGACACAACUUCUAUUUCUAUCUAUCUAUGAUAUUGAAUUUGUUUCAGUACAUAAAAAACCCGUGUUCUUUUCUGUCUCCCCUAUUCUUUAAUUAUAUAAUCUUCUUUCUUUCUUUCUUUCUUUCUUUCUUUCUUUCUUUCUUUCUUUCUUUCUUUCUGUCCGUCCGUACUUCUUUUUUUUCUUUCUGUCCGUCCGUCCGUACUUCUUUUUUUUCUUUCUGUCUCUCCGUAUUGCCUUCUUUCUUUCUUUCUUUCUUUCUUUCUUUCUUUCUUUCUUUCUUUCUUUCUGACUGGCUGUCUAUCUACGCACACAGAGGUGCACACGUGAAGAUAGAAGAUGAUGAUAUAUCCUCAUAUAAAAAACACUGCGUAAUGAGCUCACGCCUACGUUGA